AUGGCGCAAUCCCUGGUAUACACCACCUCCGCCACCCCUGGCACGACCACUCCGCCCUCCCUGCUCGUCAGCCACGCCAUCCCCUCGGUCUCCUCGGUCUCGGCCUCAACCGCCGCCGAUCCCUCCUCGUCCUCCUCCGGCUCCGAAGAAGGAGCAGGCCAAGUCCUCGUCCGCUUCCUCGCCGCGCCCGUCAACCGCGUCGACCUAAUGGUCCUCGCCGGCCGCUACCCCAUCCAACCCAAACACACAGCCCCCCUCCCAGACGGCACCUCCCACCCCAUCCCGGGCUUCGACGGCUGCGGCGUCAUCACCACCUCCACCACUCCCUUGUUCACCCCCGGCGACCUGGUCAUCCCACGGGAUCUCGGCCUCGGCACGUGGCGCACGCACGCCGUCCUCGCCGCGAGCGCGCUAGUCAAGCUCCCCGGCGGAGUGGACCCGAUCGACGCGGCGCUGAUCCGGUCGGGCGCGCUGAUCGCGCGGCUGCUGCUGGAGAACGUCACGCCGCUGCGGGAGGGCGACUGCGUGAUCGCGUCAGCGGGCACGAGUGGGGUAAGCCAGUUUUUGGUGCAGCUGGCGAGGAAGCGCGGGGUGCGUGUUGUGUUGGUGGUGCGUGAUCGGGAUGAGGCGGUGUUGGCGGGCGUCAAGGCGGAGUUGCUUGCCUUGGGUGCGGAUGCCGUGCUGAGUGAGUCCGAGCUGGAGGCGGAGCUGGAGGUUAGGGCGUCGAAGACUCCGAAUGGGACGGCUGUGACCGGACUGCUGCCAAAGGAGCCCAUUGUGCUUGCGCUCGACAGCGUCUUCGGUCACGUUGGGCAGCUGCUGGCGUCAGCACUGGCGCCGGGUGGCAAGUUCGUGCUCGUGGGUCUGCUUGCCGGUCCAUCCGCGAGUGUGACGGUGACGACAGAGCAUUUGUUCACCCGCCAGCUGAGCUUCCUGCCGUUCCGAGGGUCGGAACACCUCAAGCGGAUGGGCAGUGUCCGCGCUGAACAGUUCAUAUACGAGACGGCGCGCAUGUUUAUCGAUGGCACGCUAAAGCGUCCCACGGUGAAAGUUGUGGAUUGGGGCAAGGCGGGUGAGGGAGAAGUUGAGGAGGCGCUGAAAACGGCGGUUCAGAUGGCGGGUGGUAAGGAGGUUGGACAUGUCAAGACGGUGUGGAAGUUGAAUUAA